CCUGGCGACAGUCUCAUCUCAGACGUGAUCGUGUAUGCUCGCUCGAUCUUGCCCGUUGCGGUUGCGUUGUGGUUUGCGUAUAGUGGCCAAAUUCCACUUUAAGUUUGUUUAAGUUGCAUCAAAAAAAAAAAUAAUGCGAAUAAUUUAUGUAAAUGAAAAAUACAAUAACAACUAAAAUAUAAGUGACAUAACGAACAAACGAACCAAAAAAAUAAAAAAUAACGUUUUUCAAUUUAAACUCCAAACAUAGUGUCGUGAAAAUAUAACGGUAUAUUAUUAUAUUUUGUUUUUGUUUUUUUAUUUUUAUUUUUAAACGAGACAAGUGAGGAAAAAUUGCGCAACUAGCGAGCAGCCAGUUGCAGUUAUCGACGAUGAUCAUAUAAGUGUUUAAAAAUUUAACUUAUGCGCAUAAUUUAAAGUGAAUGUGUUGUAACGAAAAUUUCUAAUAAAUACAUCUAAACUAAAUAAAUGAAUAGACAAAUAAAUAUAAAUAAAGAAGUAAAUAACAAAAAAAAAAAAAAAACAUCAAAAUCAACGUAAAAAAAUCUGACAAAUGAUUUUGCAAAGUCACAUUAUUUGUGAUAACAACAAAACACAAUAAAUAAAGGCGGCUAAAAAAAAAAAAAACAAACGAAAAACCAUAGAUAAAAUUUUAUAUCUGAAAAAGAUGCGAUUUUUAUUAAACACAACAUUAACACGGUGUCAAAUUAAUAUUCGAUUAGGUAAAGAGUAAAUAAAUUCAUAAAGUAAUUUCGGUUCAUGAAGAGAGUGCGCAACCUUAAAUUAACUGAUUGAAAACGAUCAUAUGCAGGCAUAUACGUAUAUGUACGGUAUGGUGUGAAAUAUAAAAAAAUAAAUAAAUAAAGAUUUAUUGAGAAGUAAACAAAACUGACAUCACGGUUUUUAUAGCAACAAUAACAAAAAUAUUAUUUUAAACCUUAGAUUAUUUUCGAAAAUAGUAUUAAGCAACUUCAGAAUCACAGAGUCAACAGAGAGAGCGCGUAACUUGGCGCUUGGAGCAAAGCGAAAUUCGACGAGCAGAAAGAGUGAGAAUAAUCAGCUUAUAAGAGCCUUCGACAACUCUGUACCCACGAGCCCAGUUAACGGCUUACAAUCAAACAAUCCAAGCAAGCAAUCGAUCAAUUAAUCGAUAAUAAUCACACGAUGAAGUCACAGCAGCUGACGUGAAAGGCGAAAAGUAACGGCACAGUUCCAAUAAUUUUUUUUUGCUCUCACAUUAGAGUAAACAAAUUAAAAAUAUUAAAAAAAAAAACAAUAAAAAAAGAUGAAAAGCUGAAAAGUCUAAAACGCAUAUCCACCCAUAGGUGAGAGUUAAUUAUUAUUGAAGGAAAAAGUAUAGCCAAAUAGCGAGCUCUCCAGCUACUUUUACCAAUACAAGCCCACAAGUGAGGAAAGACGACCGAAAUCGAGUGUGCAACUAAACACAUUGAGGGAAAACAACUAGUCGGAAGAAAGAUAUUAGAAAGAAAUAAAAGUGAAAUAGGAAACGGAUGCAUCAAAUGGCCUCAAAAGGCACGUAAAUGAAAGUGUAAACGAACGAUAAUAAAAAUAAAACAAACACAAAAGCAAUAACGAAAACGAAAACUCCGCCGCUCAAUCUUGCCAAUUCGAGUACAUACAUAACUUCAUAACUACAUACGUACAUACAAACAAACACAAACAUACACUUUCGCGUGUGCCAUCGCCUCGAAUGCAGUGAACUGGUAAAAUUCACAUUUAGUACUUUCCGCCCAGCGAACCAUACGAGUUGACAGAUCGCGUGCGACACAGCCAUUACCCAGCAAUACGUCGCGAACGAAGUAACGCGAGUCAAGUAACCGUUAAUUACGACUUUAGUUAGUUACGUACAAGUGCGAAGGUAUCAAGCCACAAAUUGUUGUGAUGUGUUUGGUCGAAUGCGAGUGCGCAGUGUCAAAUAAAAAGUAGCAAUAAAAUAUUACAACAACAACAAACAACCAAAACAACAGCAACUACAAGAAAAUAUACAAAGAAAGAAACGUCAUAUUAAUAAUGGCCGUACAAAAUCAAAACUUGCCACAAAAAUCUAAAAAUCUUACAACAAAAGCUUUAGCCGCAACAGCGACAACAAAUUCGAAUAUCACACAGCCGUUAGCGAAAACACGAACGAAAUUCGGCCAAGCCGCAACAGCAACAGCAACAUCGUUCACAGAAAUGGGCCACAAUACACAAGCGAGUGUUGGCGGUGGUGGUAGUGUUGCUGCUGGACAGCCAACAACUUCGACAACACCGACGGCGGCAGCAGGGGCAGUAAUCUCAAACGGUGGUGGUCCGCGCGUGUCAUUCAAUCGGGAUGUGCAUGUUAAACGAAUCGGAAAACAUCCAAACGAUCUAACGAAUUACGAAACCACUAAUCUACAACCACCACAGAAAACUAUACCAUCAUAUCAUCAGCUGCCCGCCGAUCUCUCCGAAGAGAGCAUACGUAAAGAAGCCGCUUUGGUACUUGCUCAAGCCGAGCGUCACAAAAGCAAAGCCGAGAACGGUGAUAAUAUACCGACAUUUAAGGUACGCACCAAACGCAGUGGUGAUUCGAAUCCAAAGAAAUUCCAUUCGUUGCCCACGCGCAAGAAGAAGGCACCCGCCAAGCCAGUGUCCCGCAGUGUAAGUGACGCCGCUGCCAAAAAGCCUGCCAAACGACCAUCGAUUUUCAACAUCUUCAGUCGCCGCAGUGACACCAACGUCAAUCAGGUUGAGCGUGAUCCGCGCUUCGAAGACAGCGGUGGCAGACGUUUGGUACGCAGCAAAAGUGAUGUUGGCUCGUACAAUAAAGAGGAACGUAAAUAUAAAAAAUCAUUAAAAGAUACUAAACAAACAGCUGCCACACCGGCCGGCUUACAAUCAUUGAAUGGUUCGAGCAAACAGCAGCUAAUAAAUACACCGUUAAGUCCGAUAAUCGAGAACGCACAGAAAGAGGACUACUUCGCCGAGCAGUUCAAUAGGGAGCGUCGCAAAUCGGAUGCCAUAACCGAACGUGAAAAGCAUGAGAGCGGAUUGAGUGAGCUGCUGGUACGCAGUCGUUCACAAGCUGAAGAAGACGGUAGUAUUUUGGGCAGGGGCCCCAUAUCACACGCGAUACGCGAUAAAAUACUCUGCUUACAAUCUAAGUCCCAAGAGAAUAUGCAUAGCUCACAGUUGCCGGCACAGAAGUUGCCGCUUACGAAGGGAGUCACUGUCAAUGGACUGGCCAAACGUUUAUCAAUGGAGCGCUUCUCGCCGCCACCACCGCUGAGCGGUCCAGCCUUCUCAUACAUACGUCCCAAUGAGGGUAUCAUGUAUGCGCAAUUGGAUCAUAAUGAAGAAGAUAAUCGCUAUCGCCGUGAUGCCAUACACUCACCCCAAAGGGAAUUGCGUACACCGUUGCGUGAGUACCGUUCGCCUGCACGUGAUUUACGUGACAUGCGCUCGCCGGAACGUGAUCUACCAACGAACACAAUGACGUUGGGCCGUCAGUCGCUCGACCGUACUGACUUUGCUACUAGUCAAAAUAAUAUGAAAAAUGCCUACAACUACAAUACGCAUAACGGUCGCAUAGGCAACAGCAACGGCAGUAGUCGCAUUAUCAUUGAAUCCUCAAGAGCGCUUGGGACACCGGGUACAUAUGGCUCGCCCAAUGGUGCGGUGGGUCCGACUACCAUACGAAUCACCAAUUCGCAUUCGCCAUCGCCAUGGCAGCAACUUAGUCCACGUAAUUUGAGUGAUGAAGAUGAGGGUCUGGGCAUUGAGACACGCAAAUAUUACGAAGAUGAAACACCUACGCUAUUGCAGACACGUAGCAGCAAGUCGCCAGCAGAGCCGCCUAUUGUACCAGUCAUACGAAGCAUAACGCCAACGCAUGAAAACGGUUACGACACGCGUGCCUAUCAAUCACCAAAUCGUGAUGAGCAGGGCAAUGAUAUUGGAUACCGACGUGAUGAGGCAGUCAAUGAUAUCGGUUACCGACGUGCACGUUUAGAGUCGCGCAUAUUAACCCGUCGCUUCGGUGAACCGACAACCUUAGAGCGCAAUGGAUAUCACCGUGAAGUGGAAAACUCACCUGAACGCUUCGAACGCAAUGGUUAUCAACGCAAUACCGGUUUAUCGCCAGAGCGUAAUAGAGAAAUACGCGAAGAGUCCGCUUAUCAUCGCUACCUCAGUCCUGAACGCGAGCGAGAGUCUUAUGAACCACGAUUCCAUAAAAUGGAAACAUCAGAAAUACUAAAUAAAUAUUCGCCCGAACGUUCACAUCUGGAUAUUAUUGCACCGACUACAGUGCCAGUAACGACGCCUACAUUGGAGAAGACCUCUCGGUAUAAGCACACCAAAUACUAUGACGAUGGGCGCGGUGGGGUAAAAGAGGUAUACGAGAGAGAGACACAUUUGGAUGCGGACGGAAAACCACAUGUACGCGAGACUCGACAUCGUGAACGCAUGGACGGUUCCAUAGAACGACAACAAAUACAGGACUAUGAGCCCAAGAGCCUGGACUCACAGUUAACGAGUACCGAUCAAUAUCGCUCUUCGCCGGAAAACAUGAAACGUUAUGACACGAAUGCGGCACACAUGCAAGAUUGGCAUGGCAGCAGUUUGAAACGUGACAAGCUCCAGCAACGUAGCUUCGACAAAGGAGAUUCAGGUAUAGAAAAUGACUUUCGAAAGGAGUCCUUCAAUGGCGAGCUCACAUCCAGAUGGCGCAAGCGCACUAUCGCAGACGACAUCAAAGCCUCUGAGGCAUUUUUACGCAAAGAACGUCGUCACAUCGAACAACUGCAUGCGCCACGGCGUAGGGACAGUUACGUCUACCGCGAAAGAUCCAUCGACGAUGGCUCACACUACGAUCCGCACUUAGACAAAUACCCCGUUGCUGCAAGUACGCUACGACGCAAAGAUCAACAGUCGCAGACGCCUGGCAAUGAUACGCUGAAGCGUAAUAAAAAACUUGGCGGCUUCGAAAAAGUCAAACAGCUCUUCACCGGCGGCAGUGGUGGUGGCGGUGGUAGCGGUAGCGGCAGUGAAGGUAGUAAAUCGGGCAAAAAGGAGAGCGACCGGCAUACACGCGCCACCAGCAGCACCGCCACCGUCUUGACCAACAGCAGCGUCAACACCGCAAGAACGGGUUUAGCCAAAGACAAAGACAAAACGGACAGCAGCGGCGGUGAGAAGGAACGUGAUCGUUAUAUGGUGAAAGAGGAAGAGAUGCGUUCGCGUUAUAGUGAGCACCGCGGAAGUGGCGGAUCGCCAGCACUAACAACUGUGCUACACGACGAGGCAAUGCGCGAACCAAAGGCCACGGAUAUCUCGAUGCGUCGGCGUCUCUCAACACCAAAAGCUAGUCCAUUGUUGCUCAAGCGUACCUCAUCCGAUAAGCCGAAAAAGGAGUCACCGCUUGCUAAGCCGGAAAAAGUCAGUUGGUUUAAGUCAUUGGAUCGUCGUUCGAAGAGUAAAUCGAAGGAAAAGCUCGAUGUUUCAGUGAACGGACAGAGCGAGUCGUCAACCAUGAAACGAACCAAGAAUUCUACACGUGCCACCACAGCACCACCACCAAUUCCACCAAAAAAUUUGCGUUUCUUUGGUGAUACAGAUCUAGACUCGAAUCCACCAACCAUAACCAAAGCCAAUACUACACUCAAAACACGACCCUCUGUACCAUCUACACUCAAUCGUUCGCAAAAAUACUCACAGAGCGCUUAUCAUUUGGAUCGCCUGAACACGAAUCCGCAGAAGAGUGAUUAUCGCCGAAAUCUGUCUGCUGCCACACAGACAAGCGGAGUCGCCAGCUCACGUCACAAGAGCUCCUCUAUGCAUAAUCUGGAAAAUGGAAUCGGCGGCGAUGAAGUUGAUUUUCGCAAACGACGACACUACUCACGCUCGCGUGAUUUAGAUGACAUCUCAGAGAGUGGCUCGGAAACAGAGGAUCAACACAAACGACCAAAUGGUGGCGUAGGAGGUGUGCGCACAUUGUCACGUGAGCGUUUGGAUCGUUCGCAUCGGUAUGAUGAUCACACCUAUCGACGCAGCAACGAUCGUCAUAGCACGCCUUUGGCUAUGUCCACAUCAACGCCUAAUGGUAUUGAUGGUGGUGGCAAUGAGCGAGAUGGCAGAAGAAGUCAUCAUCAAAAUCACUUGAUGGGGCCACCAAAGCCGGCGCGUAGUGCCGAGCGUCGCUUGACAUCUGCUUACUCGAGAGAACGUGAUCGUUUUCCUGCCGAGAGUUCAGGUACUGAGGGCGAGUCCAGUUUACACAGUCAGCGCAGCGUGGUCUAUUUACAUGCCACAACAGUCGGUGCCAUACCACAGCCAUAUCACUUGAGACGUCGUUCCAUAUCACGUGAUGAUAUACGUUCGAACAAGAGCAAGCCUCAGCCAUUGCAGCCAAUGACACGCACUGUCUCGCGAUCGGUGUCGAUGUUGGCGCCAUGGAAACCGAAACUCAUUAGCGAGGGUUAUGAAAUCAAUUACUCCCAAGAGCAAAAUAAACGAAUGGCCUCCAUGCCUCGAAAGCCACACAUGGGUAGUUCGAGCACGCUCACGCGUACCAGCAAGAAGUCGGAAACUCCAACAACGCGUACACUGCGCCGAAAUGAUCAUCUCAAGGACGAUCAGUCCUCGUUAAGACAUUCCUCCACUACGAGCGCCUCAAAGUCUGCGCUUUCAUCGAAUAUACGCAGCGUCGAUGGACGACGAAAGAUCAAAUAGGCCACAUUGCAACGGAGCAGAUAGGGAGUGUACGAUGAACUAGUUCGUUUGGUGAGAAGAGAACGGCGUGGGGACGAGCGUAUAUUAACCAAACUAGAAUUAUUUAACUUCAGGAAAUAUUUUAGCUUUGAUUUGGGAUGUUGCCAGAUAUUCGGAUAAAACAUUUAGCAGCCGUACAUACAUACACCAAUCUGCACAUUAAACUAAUCGCAAUCUAAGAGAGCAUAAAGCUCUGUGUUGUAUGUAUGUAUGUGGAAUGUAGCAACGGGUGCUCUUCGUUUAACAAAGUGCGCAUGUCAGAGAGUCGUUUAAAUCGAGAGAAUUUGCAACGGUUAUGCCAGACAUACAAACUUACAAAAGCGCGCAGUUCUAAUAUUUUUAGUUGUUUUAAGUGCCUUUUUCUAAAAUAAAUAAAUAAAACAAAAACAAAACCUAAUCAUUAUGCAUAACAGCGAAAGCUCAUAAUAAAGCUUUUAAGCACAAAUAUUUGUAUGUAUGUAUACACGCUUGCACUUAAUACGGAAGUAAUUUCGGAUGUCAAAAAUAGAGGAAACUAAAUUGUAAAAGGAAUAUUGCGUCAGAAAAGACCGUUAAGAGCAUAUUUACAAAGUUUAUCCCAGCAUUACAUUACAAACAUACAGGUAUACAUUUUUUGAAGACAUCUUCAAGCUAAUUUAAAUUAAUGAUUUGCUUAGAAUUUAAGUGCCAGUUAAAAUAAAAAUAAACAGAAAUGAAAAAUAACUUUAUACUAAUAAAUCGUAUUCAAUACGGAUCUAAUACAUUUAAUUUACACUCCAUUUUUGUUAUGGACUUAUUGUAAACUUUAUAAUUUUUGCAAAAUAAAGGAAAGAAGAUAA